AUGAUCCCCAUGAACGAGGUGAUCACGCUAGCCCCACCAGAUGCUCGUGCCUCUCCUGCUACUCAAGCGCAGCAGGCUGCUCAACCAUCAGCGCCUGGUAUGCAGGUGGACAGGGAGGAAAUCUUGCAAUGGAUUCUGGAUUUGAAGGACAGCAACAAACGCGAAAAUGCUCUUCUUGAACUGAGUAAGAAAAGAGACAGUGUACCGGAGCUCCCUAUUUGGUUGUGGUACUCAUUCGGUACUAUGGCAGCUCUUCUACAAGAGGUCAUUGCCAUUUAUCCAGCAAUAAUGCCGGCUAAUUUGACUGCAGCCCAGUCGAAUCGAGUGUGCAAUGCGCUUGCUUUAAUGCAAUGCGUUGCCAGUCACAAAGAUACGCGAGGACCUUUCCUUCAAGCGCACAUUCCUCUCUACCUCUAUCCAUUUCUUCACACGACAAAAACUUCCCGAUCAUUCGAAUAUCUCCGCCUAACGUCCCUAGGAGUCAUUGGCGCUUUGGUGAAAACAGAUGAGAAAGAGGUGAUUUCCUUUCUGCUAUCCACCGAAAUCAUUCCACUUUGUCUUCGAAUAAUGGAACAAGGAACUGAGUUAUCUAAAACUGUUGCCACAUUCAUUCUUCAAAAAAUUCUCCUUGAUGAUACUGGUCUCUCAUAUAUUUGUCAAACGUAUGAGCGGUUCAGUCAUGUUGCUAUGAUUCUUGGAAAAAUGGUAAUGAAACUUGCUCGAGAUCCUUCGUCCAGAUUGUUAAAGCACGUUAUUCGAUGCUACAGCCGUCUAAGCGACAAUCCACGCGCACAACAAGCUUUGCGUCAGUGUCUGCCGGAUCAGCUCAAGGACGAAACCUUCAAGGCCAUUCUUGAUGAGGACAAGUCCAGCCGGCAUUGGUUGAGAUCUCUUAUGAACAAUUUAGGUAUGUCCUACUGA